AUGAACAUUUUGAUAUAUUCUGGUACGUUCUAUAGAAAAAGUAUUUUCAACAAAAACAAAUCAAUUAACCAUAAUCAUUUAGACAAACAAAUCUCAGAAUUGUCUGUAAAAUAUACUUUUUCUAUUUUACGAUUCUUGUUGAGUCCAUAUUAUUUUAUACUCAAAGUAGAUGAAAAAAUGCUUGAGAAAGAUGAGUGGGAGGAACACACUGCUUUACUUGUUAUUCCUGAUAGUAAAGAUAUCUCAUGUAAAAUCAAACUAAAUGAGACACUAAACCAAAAAAUUUUAAAAUAUAUUCAAAAUGGAGGAAAAUAUAUAGGAAUAGGAGAAGGAGCACGCUAUGUUUCUGCUCUGAGUGAAUAUAAGUUCAAUGGCAAUACAGAACAUGUCAAAUCAGAUGGUCCUAUAUUUUUUCCAGGUAUUGCACGAGAUGCAAUUUUAUCUGACAUUACAUCUAAUAAAAAUAACCACAUGAUACUCAUCCAGACCGAAAAUAUAUCCUCUAAGAAUCUAUAUUUUUUAUAUUUUUAUCACCAUACUGCUACAUUAUUUAUUGAUGCAGAUCAAUUCUCAAAUAUACAAAUUUUAGGAACAUAUAAGAAUGAAUUAAGUACAGAUUCUAAGUCACAACUUAAAGCAGCUAUUAUUCACUGUAAAAUAGAAAAAGGUCAAGCUGUUUUAUUCGGUAUUCAUCCAGAGUAUUCUACGUUGGAUGAAAAUUUAAGAGAUAAAAAUGGAGAUUAUUCUAAUAUUGAUAACUUAUUAUUAAUUGAAAGUCAAAAAAUAGAAUUUUUAAAACAUAUGUUUCAAUUACUUAAUUUACAAACAACAUCUAAGCCUAUUAUUUCUACAAACAUUUCAGAUCUUCAUCUUUUUUCAGAAUUCCCUAAUAUUGUUGAAAAAAUUGCUGAUGUUUUAUAUAAUAUUUCUGAAAAGAUAGCCAAAAAUCCAGCUAUCAAAUGCGAAAAUGACACAUUUUAUUUGCAGGAAACAUCAUCUAUAUCAAUGCAUACAUUAGUUGAAAACUAUUUAAACAAUUUUCAUGAAAAUGACUAUAAUAAGAUUCCAAAAUAUAUUAAAAUUCAUAGAAAUCUUCCAAAUAUAUUAGAAAUGCCAUUUUUUAAUCAUAAAGUUUAUUUUGAAAACCUUUUAGAAUCACGAACUUUACAAGAAGAUAGUUAUCAGUUAGGGAAUAUAGUUUUAUAUGGAGAAACUUUAACAAGUUCACAAACUUUACUUGAUAAGAAUCUAAAACUUUUAAAAGUUUUACCUACAGGAUUUAUAUUUGUAGCUACACAACAAAUAGCGGGAAAAGGCAGAAAAAAUAACAUUUGGAUAUCUCCUUUAGGUACUCUAAUGUUUUCUCUAGUUAUUCGACAUUCAGAAUAUUUAAAAUCAUCAAUUAUAUUUAUGCAAUAUUUAGUCUCUCUUGCAAUUGUAGAAGCUAUUAAAAAUUAUGACGUCUAUUAUAAUGAACUUGAUAUCCAUAUUAAAUGGCCAAAUGAUAUAUGCAUAAAACAGCUUAAAAAUAUCGACAAACCCACAUUUACAUUAAAUAAUAUCGGUUAUAUUAAAAUUGGUGGAAUUUUAAUAAAUUGUAAUUAUAUAGAUAAUGCGUUUCUUAUGAUUAUUGGGUGUGGUAUUAAUGUUACUAAUAACUUUCCAACAUCUCUUAAAAUAAUUAUUGAGAAUUUAAAUGCCAAAAGAAUGUGUAAACAGCUGCCUUUAUUAUCGGAAAUUAAACAAGAAAAGCUUCUAGCACGUAUUAUCACAACGUUAGAAAAUAUGUAUUAUAAAUUUUCAUCUAAUAUCUUAGGAUUUGAAUUAUUUGAACAACAAUAUUACAAAUAUUGGCUUCAUAGUAAUCAAAUCAUUACUCUAGAGGAUACUGAAAAUAAAGUUAUUAUAACUGGAAUAGAUACGACACAUGGUGGAUUAGUUGCAAAAACUAUUGAGAAUGAAAAAAAAAAGGAAAAAAUUUACCAAUUUUUGCCCGACCUAAGUAGUUUUGAUGUAACGCAAGGAUUAAUCAAAAAAAAGUAA